UUUGUCAGGAGGAGUCAACCAGUCAGUGCACUUGGAGCAAAAGUAGGUUACUGUAGUGCUUUUUGGAGUGGUAUCUGAUCCUGCCUUCAUCAUAACCAAAGCUCUUUUGUAUCGUGCCAGAGGAAAUGUCAGACCCAACAGCGGAACUCACCAACAAGCCCUUCGCAAUCCAGCUGUCUAAUGUUUACCUCAGCAUAUUGGCACUGUUUUGCUUUAAGCUUUUCGUUAAGAUUUCUCUGAACUUACUAACAUACUUCUACAUAGUCCGUGGGAACCGUAAAGAAGCAGCCCGGAUAUCAGCAGAGUUCUAUGAUUAUGGUCAACAACACAGAUCCUGGGCGGACCGCUCACCCCUCCAUGAUGCUGCCUGUCAGGGCCGCCUCCUGGCUCUGAGGACCCUCAUUUUACAGGGUCACAAUGUGAAUGUCCUGACUAUAGAUCACGUAUCACCCCUCCAUGAGGCCUGCCUUGGAAACCACGUUGCUUGUGCCAGAGCUCUCAUCGACGCAGGAGCAAAUGUCAAUGCCUCUACAAUUGAUGGAGUCACCCCUCUGUUUAAUGCCUGUACGGUGGGCAGUGUGGCAUGCGCUGAGGUUCUUUUGGAAAAUGGAGCAAAGCCCCAGAGCCUUAUAUACCAUCCCUCACCCAUUCACGAAGCAACCAGCAAAGGUCAUUAUGGCUGUGUUGAAGCUCUAGUGACUUGGGGGGCAGAUGUGGACAUGGUCAUUCCUCACUUGGGCACCGCGCUCUAUACUGCCUGCAUCUGUCAGGAAUUAGAGUGUGCCAGGAAACUCCUGAGGGAAGGUGCAAAUGUACAGAAAGGCCGGUCCUUGGAUUCGCCCUUACAUGCGGCGGCAGAGAAGGACUGCACAGCCGUGGUGAAGCUGCUGCUGGACUUUGGGGCAGACAUCAAUGCCAGGAACACAGAGUUCCAGAGGCCCGUGGAUGUGGCCCCACCCAGCAGUCUGACAGAGGGUUUUCUACUUCUCUACGAAGCUACGCCUCGUCUGCUGAGCCAGUUGUGUCGUCAGUGCAUCCGAAACUGCGUUGGGAGAGACAGACUUCACCUCCUUUCCCACCUCCCCCUCCCCAUCAGGCUCAAGACCUACCUGCAGUACCAAUGACUGGCAGAACCCGCGAACUGCCGAACUGGAACUUUGAGAAACGUGCUUCAAAAUUUGAACUCAUAAACCCACAAACUGCUCCUAAUUUUAAUCGUAGCCAUGGCCUAACAAGAGCAAUUAACUUGAGUUAGUUACAGAGCAGCAAAGCUAAAACAAGCUUCCAGGGUUCCCAAGACUAAUUUUGGUUUAAUGACAGCGUACAAUGCAAUUCCUUAUAUUCUUCUACAUAUGUUUUAAGAAGAUGCCUUAUUAGUUUCAACGUCUACAAGAGAUGAAUGCACUUUAUAUAAAAGCUACAUACAUACAGACUAUAUCCAAGGGACUAAGAAGCCUCUAUUUUGUACCCAAAUAAUUGCACACUACUAUAAUAGAUUAUUAAAUAUUAUUUUUACACCAUGUGUUA